UACCCCUCCCCAACCCCGUUUACCGGAAAUGGUACAGUCCGGCUCCCUUGAACAUUUUGGCGGGAAGUUGUAAAAGUACGAGCACCGGAUGUUUACGCAGAAAGCCUGUUGGCAAAGCCGCUGCUGUUCAACAUGAGUGCCAAAAAAGGCAGGGGAGCCAAGGUGCCGGCAGGGCCACCAGAUCAGAGGCAGGCGUCGUCUCGUGAUGUGGCCGAGGCUCCCAACGUGUCCGCCAUAGACAAAACCAGCUUCCUGGAGGCGCUGCAGCUGAAUGAUGGUAACCCUCUGCACAGUACCGCCAUGGAGGAAGAGUUAAAUGUCUUGGAGGAGGGACGGGUGGACAGAGGGAAAGCGGGAAGACCGAACGAUCCUCGGACGUUGAAGGCGAAACAGCGUGGAGCUGCAGCAAAGAGGAAGGCCACCGAGACGGAUGAAGAGAAUGGAGAGGAAGAGGAGAAGAAGAGGACUAGGAGAAGUACCGGAGAGAAGGUCAAAGCCAGGCCUGACAAGGGAGGAGAAAGGAAGAAGAAAAAAGCAGAACCUGAAGUCCCAGUCGGUGCAGUGUCGAGCAGUGACGCUGACUCCACCCCCCACACCAGCAGCCAACCGGCCUCAAGAGCCAACAGACAUUUAGUCGGGAAGAAGCCUGCGAAGAGGAGAAGCGCUGGGAAGACGACUGCAGUGAGGCCACUGAAGAGGCAGCAGACGACGAAGGACACAAAGCGAAGGAGCGAAUCAGAUAUUGAAAAGUCCAAUGACCCCGAGUCACAGGAGGAAUCUGACACUGGCGCCGACCAGCAGAGCCGCAAGAGAGUCCUGUCCUCUGAUGAGGAGGUGGAAGAAGAGAAGAGUUGGAAACCAAGUCCAAAGGAGGCCAGAGUGUAUCGUUUUGUCAGUAGCAGAAAGUCGUCAUCAGGCAGCGCAUCAGCAGGGGCAGGGAGGAGCGACACCGACAAACAGAGGAGCAAGAGACCUGCUCGUCAGGCAGGGACAAAUUUAGAGGUGGUGCUGGAUGCCUUCCUGGAUUUCUGUGACCAGUACAGGGAAUCUGUGGAGUCUAAAGCUGUCAAACAGUCCAUUGAUUCUUUCUCCUCCCAUGUGAAAGAGCAACUCUUGGAAAAGAUCUCGUCAGACAAGGAGCUCAGGGUUCUAAAAAGAGAAAAUGCAAAGGUGGGUUCUUUGAUUCGCACAAAGACACAGAGAAUGUUGGAUGCCAAGCAUGAACUGAUGAGAGCGGAGAGACAGGUGUGGCAGCUACAAAAGGAGAGCGCUGAACUGAAACUGCGCUUGGCUGACCUGAAAAAAAGCCGUGUCUUCCUCCAUGACAUCAGAGAGCUCAACCAGCAGUACCUAGACCACCGACACAAACGCCCCAAAGAGCGGGAGACGUACGGGGCGUCCAGCUUAGCGGCUCUGAUGUUGGAGACGAAGCAUAUUCAGGCGGCAGAGCAGCAUCUGAAAGGAAUCAAUGACCGAAUGGAAAAAAGACAGAAAGAGAGUGGUAUUUGUAAAUAAUCUGCUAUAGAAUAAUGUCAUACACACACACACUCUUUCAAAGCAUAUAACAUAUAUAUAAUGUAAUGUAAUAAGAAACCUAAAGCUGCUAAAAUGUAUUUAAGUCCCAGAUGUACGUUGACAUUUUUGGAUUGGACUCGUUGUGGUUCGGAUAUCUUCAACCUCCGUCGUUUUGCUUACUCAGACCAUGUGUGGAAUCUUGGCGCACUGCUUACUUCUCCAAAUCUCUUAAGUUUAAUAAAUACAAUAAUAUAACAAUG